CCGUGUUCCGCGAGGCCGUGACGGAGUUCGAGGUGGACGCCCGGGCCGUGGCCAAGGCCGGCGGUCCCCUGGUCAAGGCCCUGGUGUCCAACCCCUCUGGAAACGUCACCGAGACCUUCGUGGAGGACCGGGGUGACGGCACCUACCACGUGGAGUACACGCCCUACGAGGAGGGCCUGCACAAGGUGGACGUGAGCUACGGGGGGUCCCCGGUGCCGCUGAGCCCGUUCCGCGUCCCCGUCACCGAGGGCUGCGACCCCGGGCGGGUGCGGGUGCACGGCCCCGGCAUCCAGAGCGGCACCACCAACCAACCCAACAAAUUCACCGUGGAGACCCGGUGAGAGCCCGAGCGCGCGGGAAUCCCCAAAAUCCCGACGGGA